GGGAAACGAAAUCGUUUAUGUACUGCCACGCAACACUCGGAGUGUGCGAUUAGGAGGGCCAUACGUAUGCCAGCCAUCCAUUAUAUACACACACACACACACACACACACACCCCACACACACCCACUGUCUCCCUCCCCACCCCCCAUCUGCACCUCAGCUUUAUCCCCCCUUGUCUCCUCCGGGCCACCCUCUGGCUCCCGCAACCCUGUCUUUUGUCUGCCUGGCCCUCUGCCAUCUUCAAAUCAAUCCGUACCUACCCUACACAUCUCCUCGUCACUCCCAGAGCCUGCGAGGCCUGUUCCUCGAACUGCUCAAACCACGACACCGCAUCCGCUCCUGUUCCGACAAGGAGACGCCUGGUUGUCAAACAGCGAGGUCUAAAGGUCGACUAUAGUGGGUGAAGAAAGGAGGACGACAUUAAUACGUAGCGACAAUUCGCAAUCCGCAAUUAGGCGCCGGGAAGGAAAGACCAACACCACCGGCAAUCAUCGAAUUCUCUACCUCUUCACGACGACAACGUUUGCUACGACGUACGCCCGAGACGACGAACGGGUAACGGGACAGAGACGCGUGCCGUGUGUACGACUGGUCCACGAAAGCGUGGCGAUAUUUGGACGACGCUUCAGCAAACGAUUGCGGGCUGCUGACGUUGCUGGGAGCCUGAAAGUGGAUAGUAGUCAACACUACCCCCUUGAUUGCUGCGCACUCGUUAUAAUCGUCAUUCGCACAUUGGGCGCUGCUUAGAACCAACUACAGCUAUUGCACUGUCAAACGCAUCUUUGCACAACGGCUGCGGCACACCUCCGUCGCCGAGACUACAUCAUGGCUGCCGACCGGGGAAGUGCCCCUCCGGGCUCGGGCCAGUUUGGGGAGGAAUGGGCUCACGACCUCAGAGUUCAAUUCGAGCAACUAUUGCGGACGAAGCGCCUGAAUGAACUUCAAACAUCAUCGCGGUCCGGAUCCUCAUCUAGGGCUUCAUCCGUUGGCCCCGACGGUACCUAUGCCUCGGGCUCCUCACAAGCACCUCCACCAUCAUACUCCGCCGUCCGAAACCUUCCCAAGGUUCCUCGAGCACCAGCGCCCAACGACGCAGCAUCCAUCAAGUUUAGAAACUUGCUUAUCUCGCUUUCAGCGACCCCCACCAAAUAUGAAAACCCGGGUCUGCUCGACGAGGCCCUUCAAGUCAUUCCAUUGGAUAGAAUAUACGGCGAGGCGGAAGAAGAGACUCAAGUAUUGCAAGCGCAGGCUGAGAGCAUGGGCGAUGGGAGGAAACCAGAAUGGGGCUAUCAAGAUUGCGUCAUUCGCGCACUUCUCAGAUGGUUCAAGAGACAGUUCUUCACAUGGGUCAACAAUCCUCCAUGUCCCAUCUGCCUUUCACCAACAGUUGCCAAGGGUAUGACCCCACCCAUGCCGGAGGAGAAAGCUUGUGGCGCUUUGCGCGUAGAGCUUUACCAGUGCGCCAGCCAGCAUUGUGGAGCAUAUGAGAGGUUUCCCCGGUACAGCGACGUGUGGCGCUUGCUGCAGACAAGACGCGGACGUUGCGGUGAGUGGGCUAACUGCUUCAGCAUGCUUUGCCGGGCAGUCGGUGGGCGAGUACGCUGGGUAUGGAAUGCCGAGGACCACGUAUGGACCGAGGUAUACUCGGAGCAUCAGAAGCGGUGGGUUCAUGUGGAUGCGUGCGAGGAGUCUUGGGACAACCCACGACUUUACACGGAGGGCUGGGGCAAGAAGAUGUCCUACUGCAUCGCCUUCUCCAUCGACGGUGCUACCGAUGUUACGAGACGCUACGUGCGGAAGAUGGAAUGCUACAACGACCGCAGCCGAUGCCCAGAAGAGGUCUUGCUAUAUAUAUUACAAGAAAUCAAGCAUCUGAGGCGGGCCAACAUGCCCAAAGAGGAUCGGUUCCGGCUGGAAAAGGAGGACUCGAGGGAGGACCGCGAAUUGCGCAGCUAUGUGGUGGCGUCCAUCACACAGGCGGUGACCGAGCUUGUCCCAGGACAAGUCAAUACCAGCAGCCAGCGAGGAACCCCGACCAACGACGAUACCAAGGUGCCUGUCUCCGCUGACCUACCCGUCCGCCAAAGUGGAAAUGCCGAGUGGGUGGCUGCUCGCGGAGAAAACGGGCAACGAAAUCAACAAAACCAACGGUUCCAACCGCCACAUAACCAAGGGCCACGGUUCCCUUAAUCCAUCAUUGGUUUUGUUCUUCCAAACACACCAACCAUUUACUCGGCAAAACAAGAAGCGCGGACCGAGGACGGAUUUCGCCGCUUUCUGCUGCAUGAUACCCACCGUUCUCGGGCUAGCAAUCUUGUCGAGCUUGCACGUCAAUGAAUUGUUCGAAUCGUCAUUGCGCCACACCAAGGCGAACUAAUCCAUAACGUCACGACAGACCCUCCGCGGUCAACGAAGAAUUUACAAUAAUACAAAUAACCAUUUUCCCUAUGUUUUAUCACAUUCAUCAGUCAUCCAUCGGUCUUGUUGGAAUAAUCCAAGUAGCAAACAGCAGGCGUGUCGGCGCUUUAGGCAGUAGGGGCGUGGGUGGGUGGAAAGGGAAAGGUGU